AGCAUAUAUUGAAAGGAUCACUGUAAAACAUAUUAUAAGAUCUUUAGAAAAUUCGAGUGGAAGAAAACAGAACUUAGAAGGACACAAGAUGCCUCGGAAGAAGGGGUUUCGUAUGCAGCGUACACAAAGAUGCAUCAAAAGUAAGAGUGAUGCUAAUGCAUGUAUAUGUUCAGAAAAAUUGCCGCUAUCUGUUGUUGCUGGGACAGAUGUAAGGGCUGCCACAUUAAGCGAAGAUGCAUUGAUUGGAUGUUGUGUUGUGGCUGGAAUCAAACAUGUGAUUUCUCCUGUUUGUACAUGGACACAGACAGAUAUUGAUGACAUAUAUGUAGAAGGCAGCAAUCUAACACAAAAUGUAAUCAUGUCACGUCAGAAAAGAGAAUGUAAACAGAAAGAGUUGUGUAGGUUGAUUGAAGAGCACAAUGUGUUUGGAAGGAAGUGGAAUGUAAAAAUUGGUUUACCAGUAUACAAAGAUUUUGAACUGCUGCAAGAGGAGACUGUACUGUAUGAAAUGCUGCAAGAAUAUUUGUUGAGGGAUGGAAUGUGUUUGCUAAACCUUCAGAGUGAAGUUAUUGCCAUUAUUCAUCACAACAAUUAUUUUGCAGUGGUUGAUUUUGGCAAACGUAAUAUGUUUGGGUUGGCUUGUGAAAUUGGCAGGUCUGUGGUUGUUUUCAACACAUGUCUUAAUGAUCUUAUGGUUCAUAUCAAGAAUCUAAGGAAGUCUUUAGAUGCACAAUGGUAUGCCGUUAGUAGAAUUUCUGUAAAGACAUUUCAACAAGAUCAUGCUUGUGCUAGAGAGUUUCCAGACAGCGAUGUUGACAUCAAUGGUGUUGAUGAGUUUGGCAAUAUAGGCACUGAAGUUGCAGCUGAGUUUGAGGAUAGUACUUCUGUCAGACUUGAAAAGAGUGUAAGAGGAUCCUUUCAUCAGGGGAAUAACCAGUUUAAAUACAGAGGAGUUCAAUGUAUGGCAAUAGGUUUAGUAAGCCUAGCAAAGCAUACAGUUGAUAGUGUAUUCUCAUGGCAGACCAAAGACCUUGACAGAGCUGUUGUUUUAGGUGACGAGUUGUACACAGCUUUGCGAGACAAUAAUAAGAUUAGACACAAAUCCAAUCUGUUGGCUAUUCCUGAUUUGCCAAAAGAAUCAGUUAUUGAUGGAGAAAGUUUUUUGUUUGAAUAUGGUGACUUUGUCAGUGGUGAUAUAGAUGUGGUCAAUGGUCAGUUUAUUGAGAGUGGUGUCUACAGCAGUCUUUCAGCUGGACUGGAAAAAAUGUUUGCACAGUAUGACACAUGUCUUUUAACAUUGUGUAGUAGUACAUGUGCAAUCAUUUCUCACAAUGGACAGUAUGCACUGAUUGACUCUCAUGCACGUAAUGCUCUUGGCAUGGUUGAUGGAAAUGGAAGAAGUGUUGUUGUAUAUUUUUCAUCUGUAAAUGAUUUGCUCAAUCACAUUUGCGUUUUAGCUAAAGGGCUCACUGAGAAGGAAAAACCUUUUGAAAUAGCUGGUAUCCGUGCUACUAUUGCAACUGGGAAACCUACACAGCACAAUGCAUCAGAAAUUAAAGAUGAGAAGGAUACAAAGUGUUUAACAUUAACAGAGAGCUGCAAAGACUCUGACAAGACAUUUGAAAUUGAGUUUGAUGAGGAUUCUUCAAAUGAUCUGCCAACAAAUAAUAAUGCAAGAAAUAAGCGUAAAAUUUCAGUAAGUAAUUGUACUUUAAAGAAACAAAAAAGAUAUGAUGUUACUGAAGUUAAUUCAGAUGUGGAAUUUGUUAGUGAUGUAAAAAACAACAACAUGAUGUUUAAUCCCAUUUGUAAACAGAUUGGUCAAACUUUGUGAAGUCAUUUAAAUGUGGAUUACGAAGAAGUUAAUGUUUCAGAAUUUACACAUGUUGGUUUGUUAGGAGUUCCAUGCAAAAAUGACAAAAUAAUGGCUGAUGGAAACUGUUUCUUCCGAGCCAUCUCUCAAGCUGUAAGCGGCACACAAAAGUAUCAUAGAAAAAUACGACUGGCUGUUGUACAACAUUUGGAAAAUAAUGCUGAAAAAUAUCAAAACAUUUUAAGAAGAGAGUAUUCCUCAGUGUCAGAGUACAUUAACAAGUCUAAAAUGAGAUAUGUUAAUAGCUGGGCUACUGAAGUUGAAAUUCAAGCAACAGCUGAUUAUUUAGGAAUUGAUGUUUUUACAUUUUAUGAUGGUCGUUGGUUAAAAUACAAUUGCAAUGGUAAGCUUUUGUCAGAACACAGCAUCUACUUAGAAAAUUGCCAUGAAAACCAUUAUGAGACUGUAGUUUGUGUAAAUGAGCCUGAACGCCAGAGUUGUUAUGGCUACUGCAAAAUCAGUAAGUCCUGUUUUGAAGAUUACAAUACUAGAGCAAAGAUUGACAAUAAAAAUAAUGAACUUGAACAGCAGCAUCAUAGUUUGUUAAAAACAAUGUACAAUGACACAUGUUGUGCAAUGACAAUGGUAAGAGAUCCUGAUGUUGAUGUACUGGAAAAUGAAAGUCAGAUUACAUUUAAAUAUAGUCCUCUAUCUACAGAACUUGCACAAACGAUAUGCAACAAAUUACAUUUAAAUUUUGAAAUAAAAAAUAUACAAGCACCAACUGUUUAUGGAAGUUUAGGUGUUGUGUGUAAGACAGAUACAGUUGCAAAGGAUGGUAAUAGUUUUUUUAGAGCAGUAGCUCAAGUGAUUAGCGGUUCUGAAAAGAAUCAUAGGAAGAUAAGACUUGCUGUUGUCCAGUAUAUGAGUAAUCACAGUGAUGAACAUAUGAAGUUAGUGGGUAAAGAAUUUACUUCAAUGGCAGAAUAUAUUUUGAAGUCAAAAAUGCAAUAUGUUGGAUAUUGUGCUUCAGACAUAGAAUUUCAAGGUACAGCAAAUGCUUUGGGAGUGGAUCUAUUUAUAUGUAAUGAGGGGAAAUGGGUUAAAUGCAGUUGCAUGAGUACUGUUGUGGGAAGUGAUGGAAUUUAUUUAAAACAUUGUGGGGAUAAUGAUUUUGAGCCCGUAAUGUGUGUCCAUCAAGUUGAUAAGAAUGUUUGCUUUGAUUUGUGCAAAGUGGGUAAUUUCCCUAAUUCACAGUAUACAUGUAAAAGGAAUUCCAAAAAGCAGGUAGAUAUGAGUACAAAUAUGUCUACUUCAAAAAACAAUUAUUGUUUGUCUAAGUAUUAUAAAAAUAAAAUUUCCUUCCAAAAAAGCAUUAAAUAUCAAAAUGUGUUGCACAAAGAAACCAAAAAAGUAAUGAGCAAAAAUAAGUAUCAUAGAGAUUUGUUGUACCAGGAAAAGAAAAAGAAUGUUAGCAAGGGGAAAUAUCAGAACGAUGUACUGCAUAAAGAAAUUAAAAAGUAUAUGACCAAAAAGAAGUAUAACGAAAAUGUUUUGCAUAAGGAAAUGAAAAAAGAGAAUAGCAAAAAAAAGUAUCACGAACAUGUGUUGUAUAAGGAAAUGAAGAAAGAGAAUAGCAGAAAAAAGUAUCACGAACAUGCGUUGUAUAAGGAAAUGAAAAAGGAGAAUAGCAGAAAAAAGUAUCACGAACAUGUGUUGUAUAAGGAAAUGAAAAAAGAGAAUAGCAAAAAAAAGUAUCACAAUAAUUUGUUGCAUAAGGAGAUGAAAAAAGACAAGAGCAAAAGAAAAUAUUGUGAAAACAUGUUGCAUAAGGAAAAAGUAAAGGACAUGAGCAAAAGAAAGUAUGAGACAAAUGUGCUGCACAGGAAAAAAGUAAAGGAAAUGAGUAAAAGAAAGUAUGAGCAAAAUGAUUUGCACAGGAAAAAAGUUAAGGAAAUGAGUAAAAGGAAAUACAGAUUAAAUCAGUUGCAUAAGCAGAAUGUAAAGGUUAUUAAUACAAGAAAGUAUCGAGAAAACCCUGAGCAUAAGAAACGUGUUAUUGCUGGUAUAAAAUUUAAAAGGCAACAGAUAAAAUUUAAAAAAGAACAGUUUGAAUUUGUUAUGCAGCGUUUUCUGGAUUUGGUAAAAGAUGGGCCAGAUUUUGUGUGUUGUGUUUGCCAAAGAUUGUUAUUUCGACAUCAGGUUUUAAGUUGUAAUAGACAUUAUUAUAGCACAAAAACAAUAGGUUCGAUUUUUGAAAAAUGUGUAAGUGAGGAAUAUUUGCACAAAUGUGAUACGACCUGUGUAAUGCCAUGUCAGUGGCUGGAUACACCUAGAGGCAAGCUGUGGAUUUGUUACACAUGUCAUAAUAAAAUUAACAAAGGACAAAUACCACCUGAAUGUGCGACAAACAAUUUGAAAGUUCAUCCAAUUACACCAGAACUGUCAUGUUUGAAUUCUUUAGAACAACAUUUGAUUGCAUUACAUAUACCAUUUAUGAAAAUGUUAGCAUUACCCAAAGGAGGGCAAAAUGGAGUACAUGGACCUCUAAGCUGCGUACCUGCAAAUAUUGUGCAAACUUCUAAUUUAUUGCCGCUCUCUAGUAUGGAAGGAUCUUUGUUGCCCGUAAAACUAAAGAGAAAGUUAACGUAUAAAGGCCAUUAUAAAUAUCAGUGUGUUGACUCUAUGCACAUAAGGCAAGCAUUAAAAUGUUUAAAGGAGAUAAAUGUGCAUUAUAAAGAUAUAGAAUUUAAUGAAGUUUGGCUAAAUGAGUUUUGUAGAGAACAAGAUAAUGACGUUUUAGAAAAGGAAUGUGAUGUAAAUGCGGAAAGUCAAGAAACAUCUAUAGAUGUUGGUGAAGAUGAGCUUUUACAUGACAGACAACAACACUGCAUGUUUCAGGACACAUGUCUCAUGCCUGUUGACAUUGGUCAGGAAGCACUAGAUCAGUAUUUUGAUAAUAUAUUGAAUCUGGCGCCAGCAGAAGGGAAUAAUCCUGUUAAAUUGCUUUCUGAUUUUGCUAAUGAAGCCAAAUGUUUCCCAGUGUUAUUUCCACAGGGGUGUAAUACGUACCAUGAAAAGCGAGACAACCGUUUGACAUUGUCAAGGUAUUUUAAUAACCGAAUUUUACAUGCUGAUGGUAGGUUUGCACAAAAUGUAGAAUAUAUAUUUUUUGCUCAGUACAUGUCUGAAAUUGAACAAGUCGUGUCAAAUGUAUCGAUUGCAUUGCGUAAAGGAAAAAGUGGCAGUAUGUCUCAAAAAGUUAAUAAUGAUGUUUUGAUGAAUGAGGAAUCUUUAAAGAAACUUUUGGAAUUUGAUGAUGGGUUUCGUUUUCUUAAACCUAUCCGUGGUACACCAGCUUUUUGGCAGACAGCACAACGUGACCUACUUGCUUGUGUUCGUCAGUUUGGUAUUCCUACUUGGUUUUGUUCAUUUUCAUCGGCAGACAUGCGCUGGAACAAUCUUCUUUUUAGCAUUUUGAAACAGGAGGGAAGAACACAAACAGUUGAAGAAUUACAGUGGGCAGACAGGUGUGAGCUAUUGCGACGUAAUCCUGUAACUGCGGCUAGAAUGUUUGAUUUUCGUUGGCAUUGUUUUUUAAGGGAGGUACUUAUGUCUUCAUCCCAUCCAAUAGGUAAAAUUAAGGAUUAUUUUUACCGUGUUGAAUUCCAGCAGCAUGGUUCACCUCAUGUCCAUUGUCUGUUUUGGAUUGAGAAUGCCCCAAUAAUUGAUAAAAACACAGAUGAAGAGGUAAUUCAGUUUAUUGAUAAAUAUGUAACAUGUGAAUUACCAUCACAGGAUGAUUCAUUGUUGGACACUGUUACAUCUGUGCAGCAGCAUUCAAAACGCCAUUCCAAGACAUGUAAGAAGAAAAAUACUGUUUGCCGUUUUAAUUUUCCUAGGCCAGUAUCUGCACGAACAUUUAUAUGUCAUGGAAAAAGUGACACAAAAAAGCAGUGCAAGUGUCAGGUAGAUAAUAUUGAUAAUACAAUUAAAGAAUGUGCAUGUGUAAAUCAAGAUGUCACAGAUUUUAAAAUGAACACAGAAAAGGCAGGUGACAUUUUGUCCUCCAUAAAAAAGUCUCUUUCAGAUGAGAAUUGCAAUUAUAACAGUGUGGAACAUUUGUUUACACAUUUAGGUAUAAAUCAAUCCAUUUUUGAGCUUGCAUAUAAAUCCUUUACCCGAAAUACACAAGUUGUCCUGAAAAGACAGAUCAAUGAGGUUUGGGUCAAUCAAUAUAGCAAGCCACUGUUAAAAUGUUGGAAUGCAAAUUUAGAUAUCCAGUAUGUUGUUGAUGCAUACGCUUGUGUAGUCUAUAUAAUUUCUUAUAUAUCAAAGUCAGAAAGGGAGAUAGGAUUGUUGUUAAGUAAUGCCCAAAGAGAAGCACGUAAAGAGGGAAAUGUUAGUGCAAAAGAUGCACUGAAAAACCUUGGAAGUGUUUAUUUGCAUAACAGAGAUGUAUGUGCUCAAGAAUCUGUGUAUAGAUUAACAAAUAUGCAUCUAAAAGAGUGUUCGAGGAAAGUUGUGUUCGUACCAACAGGAGACAAUGUCAUUAAAAUGAGUCUACCUUUAAAUGUAUUGAGGCAAAAAGCAUCAUCAAACAACUUAACGACAGAAGACAUGUGGAUGACUAGUAUUGUAGAUCGUUAUAAGAACAGACCAAAUGAUUUGAAUGAUCUGUGUAUGGCAACAUUUGCAUCAGAAUAUCGGGUUUUAAGUAAAAAUGAAAAAUCUAAGAAUCCUCUUCAAUUAAAUAAUGGUUGUGGUUUUAUCACAAAAAGAACACGAACAAAACCUGCAGUUGUCCGUUAUGUGCGCUUUUCUGAGGAAAAAAAUCCAGAAUAAUUUUAGCAAAGCAUUCUCCAGUUAUUUUUACCAUACCGUGUAGAUAUUCAACUAAAACCUCAUAAUUCUGAAACAUUUGAACAAUUUUACAAAAAUGGUCAUGUAACAUUUAGUGAUGGCUCUAGAUAUGCAGUCAAGGCAGUUGUUGAUUUAAAUAGAAAGAAGUUUGAAAUGGAGGCAGAUGAAUUAGAUAAUAUCCAAGAUGCAAUUGACAAUAAUAGUCAAAUAGAAGAUGGCUGGUGUGACCUGUGUCCAGAGCAGGAGUUAGAGCGUUUAAUUUGUGCUGAGGAAAUGAAAGACAAAAAACAGCAAGUGGAUGAACAAGAUGAGAAUAUUCCAGAUUUAACAACAAGUAAUGAACAAGUUGCACAUUUGGAAAAGAAAAAUAAUAUAAUGUGUAGAAGUGAUGGUUUGGCCUUAAUUAGAUCUUUGAAUGAUACACAGUUAUCGAUUUUUUUAUCAGAUUCGUCAAUGGUGCUUAGAUAAGAUAAUAGGGAAAAACCCAAAUCCAUUACAUAUAUUUAUUACUGGUGGUGCAGGGACAGGAAAAAGCCAUUUAAUAAAAGCUAUACAAUACGAAGCAAUGAGGUUGCUAUCAACAGUGUGUCGUCAUCCUGACAAUACUUGUGUUUUGCUAGCUGCUCCCACGGGAAUUGCUGCCUAUAAUCUUAAUACAACUACAAUCCAUAAUACACUAAGCAUUGGAAAAGAUGUUCGCUUACCAUACACACCUUUGAGUGAAGAAAAGCUCAAUUGUUUGCGUGCUAAAUAUAGUGAUCUGCAAAUUUUGAUAAUUGAUGAAAUAUCCAUGGUUGAUCACAAUCUAUUAGCGUAUAUUCAUGGUAGGCUUAGACAGAUUAAGCAAACUUGUGACUUUUCUCCCUUUGGAAAUGUAAGUAUAAUUGCUGUUGGAGAUUUCUUUCAGUUGCCUCCAGUUAAAGGGAAACCCCUGUAUAAUGAUGACAUACUAGGUAUUAACCUAUGGUCUAGUCUGUUUUCAGUUGUAGAAUUAAAAACAAUAGUUAGGCAAAAAGAUAAUACGUUUGCAGAGUUACUAAAUAGAUUACGAAUUCGCACAAAAAAGACUCCAAUGUUAAACUGUGACAUUGAUUUAUUGAAAAAAUGUGAAACCGGUGAAGUCAGCCCAGCUUUACAUAUAUUUCCCACUAACAAACAAGUAAAUGAGCAUAAUGUGCAGCAACUAUUUAAAACUUGCCCUGAAUAUGUUGAGAUAAAUGCUCAAGAUUUUGCACAUAAUAACAAGACAGGGAAACUUGAAUUGAAAAGUGGUCAUCAUGCCAAAACAUAUAACACUUGUCUAGAAGAAACACUGCUCUUAGGGAAAGGUGCUCGUGUAAUGUUGUGUAAAAAUGUAGAUGUAAUUGAUGGUCUGGUCAAUGGUGUGUGUGGCACAGUAACAAACAUAGUUUUUCUUAACAGUGAACACAAGUUCCCUCAAACAGUGUAUGUCAAAUUUGAUGACAAUCAAGUUGGUGUACAAAGGAGAAAAUGUUAUGCAUAUGCUUCAGCAGCUGAAAUGGGUUCUACAGGUAUAAAACCGGAAGAGGAAAGAGUACAUAGUAAAGGAGGAUUGCGACGACAGUUUCCACUAAAACUUGCUUGGGCUUGUACAGUACAUAAAGUACAAGGAAUUACUGUUGAUAAAGCUGUAGUGUCCCUUAAAAAGAUAUUUGCACCUGGACAGGCAUAUGUGGCUUUAAGUCGUGUUAAAAGUUUGUCUGGUUUGAUUAUUCAAGAUUUUGAGGAGAAGGCCAUAUAUUGUAAAGACAGCAUUAAGGAUGCAAUUCAAAGCAUGCCUAGAUAUUCUGUUAGAAAUAUACCAUGGCUCAAAUUGAAAACGCAAACAUUCAGUGUAUUUUUGAUGAAUGUGCAAAAUUUAAGACACCAUUUAACAGAUUUGGUUUUGCAUACUCAGCAUUUGGAACCUAACUGCAUUGCUGUUACUGAAACAUGGCUACCUGCAGAUAUCUCUUUAGAAACUAUACAUAUCAAUGGGUACAAUUUUCAUAGUCAACCACGAAGUUUAUCUUACAGUAGCAGUAACCCAACAUUAACUGAAUUACAAGCUCAACAACAUGGUGGUGUUGGCAUGUAUACCUCAAACAGUUUGGCAUGUAAUGUUGUCCAGGUACCAAAUGUAAAUUUAGAAUGUUUAGUUUGCAACUACACAGCACACAAUAUACUAAUAGCAGUAAUUUAUCGGCCACCUUCAUAUCCUAUUUUUUUGUUUAAAGGAAAUCUAAACAAAUUGUUUAAUUUUCUAGAACCCCUAAGCAAUACAAUUGCUGUCAUUGGAGAUUUCAAUGAUAAUAUUUUAAGCUCUUCAACAAUCUGCAAGUUUAUAACAAAUAGAGGCUAUGUUCAACAUGUCACACAAACCACAACAGAAAAGGGCACAUUAAUUGAUCAUGUAUAUGUAAAAACAACACAUUAUACCAUAAAAACAACAGUGUUACCAACGUAUUUCAGUGACCAUGAGGGUAUUUUUUGUUCUUUUACAUGUAAUACUGUUAACAGUAAUGAAGAAG